UUUUUUAAAUGUCAUUCGAAAUUGUUGCCUUAGCCGGGCAACUACAAAAUUGUCGAGUAUUUUAACACCUUAUUUUCGGAACACCGAGACGGUCAGGCCAAGAUGAAUUCUUGCUGCUGUCGAUCGCACAGCGAUCGCACGAAUCCGAUGGCCUGUCUACCGCAAUUUCCUCGUCUCCAGCGGGUCCAAAGCUGUAGGCCGUAUUUAGAGGGCCGCAAGUCAGCCAGCUGUUGUAUGUCGAGCGAGAGGCGAUGGGGUCAGAGAAACGGGGAAAUUGUUCAAUUGCUGGCCAAGGUGGUGGACAAAUCUGCCAAUUCGGUCCGCUCUUUUUUGCAUCAACUGACCCUGCAGCUUUUCGCCAGGAUUCUCUACCCUUUGAUGGCAGGUUGGAAUACGCUCAAGAUACCAUUUGUCCAACCCGAUACCUGUGAACUUUACUACGGCAUCUUCGAUGAAUGUGGUAACCUGAGAUGGCCGAUGCCCAUUAGGACAUUCCUUAUCCUCAUAACCAUGAUGCAGUACUUUCUGAACCUACCCACACAGAAGUUAUGCAGGGGAAAGAACAAGUGUGCAUAUUGCAAAAAAAAGGAUGAUAAUAUCAAACACAUACACAAUCCUGGCUAUUGUGGCAAAGAUGCCAUAACUUCCUUCUCUAGACGUGGACCCACUGCAAAGGACCCAUCGCCAAAAAGUCAAGUGUGGGCAGAACUCAGGCGAUUGGGAUACGAAAAGCCUGGCAGUCAUAAUUCCGAUCUAAAUACUUAUCCCUCUGAUGAAUCUAUACCAUAUGGCUAUGCACCCUAUCGGUGUCCUUGUCAGGCCAGCGAACGUGAGCUUUCCAAAGCUCAGAGCUCUAGACGGGGGCUUCCAAGUCCUUAUGCCAAUGUGCAGGAUCCCGAGGCCUUACAAAAUGCCUGCGAGGCGGAGCUGCAAAGUCCCAUGUUAGCUUCCGAUUGCAAUGAAAGCUCUGCUAUGACAGCCAUUUCGCCACAAACAGCCCAACUCAUACACAUUACUCGCAUCUCAAAUCUAUAUACUGCAGUCGUUGAGAACCGACAUUCAAGACAAUUACUUGGAGAUGGUAGGCCGCCUAAGCAAAGGAUAAUACCCUGCACUAAGCAGAGAUUCUCCGGCGGUUUCCUAAUGCCCCAACCCUAUUUCAAUGGCAUGCACUGGAGUUGGCUGCACAGGGAACCGCAGAGAAUGGUGCGACUUCCAAGUGGUGGUCUACCAUUGCAAAUCCCUCGUUAUAGGCGUCAACUCUUGGAUGAGGAGUACCAAGGUUUUAAAAGUAAAUAUGAGGACAUAAGCCGACAGGUUAACCCCUUUAAGGAAAGCAGUCCCUCGCCUUUUGAUAAUUAUUCAAAAGAAAAUAGAUUUACACCAGAAAAAAGAUUGAUUGAGAUAGAUUUUGAAUCACUUCCUACCGAAAAAACUGAAAAUCUUCAGUUUUCCAUAGCCCAUAAGGGAAGACAAGUUCCAAUAGAAGUAAGCAAGAAAAUGGAAUGGAAGGCGCAUUUAUUAAAAAGAGUUAAUCAAGCUAGAAAACUCAAAGGUCCUUUGGAUUACUGGCGGGAUAUGAUGGACGGAUAUCAGUUGGGAAGAACAUUCGAUCAAGAAGGAAAAGACGCUUUGAGUACACUUAACCUAAUAUCACCUAUAAAGAGAAAAGAGAGCUCUCCCAUUUCGGUUAAAAGAAAUAAUAACUGCUUGAGUUCAGUUAAGCAAAAAUCUGAAAAUCGUGGAGAUAGUGUAUCGCCUCAGAACAAAAUAAUGCCUAUAAGUCGUAAGCAAGAAAAUCUUAACUUAAGUGAUUCCACCGAACAGACAAACAUAGCAUCAGAGAUAAAACCUAGAAAAACCAAGAACAGGUCAGUAGAUGAGCUUCUACGAUCUGUAAAUAGAGAUAACUUAAGGAGCAGAGAACAAAAAUAUCCUGAUCCCGAGGAUUACAGAAGAGAAAUGGCCAGGGAUCACUCUAAAAAUCGACGGUAUCAAAGGAAAACUGCUGGGGAGAGUAUCCUUCUUAUAAAGACUGCAGAAAGCAUUGGACGAAUGCCUGGAUUUAUUAAGUUAAAUGAGACCAACCAGCCUUUAACAGAUAUAUCAUGUUCAGGAAAACCAUUAUUGAAGAAAAAAAGUAUAGAAUGCUUAGAUAAAAAGGUGCGAUUUCGUGUUCAGAUACCUCCAAGUUUAGAGAAAGUAAAGCCAGAAGAAGAUAUGAAACCAAAGAUCAGACGAACAUUUUUUCUGUCUGGAGGUGGAGAUCAGCAGUACAGUAAGUCCCAUGCAGAAGGAAGCAAAACAAAAACGCUUUCAAAUGAUGAGGAUAUAAACAUAAUAUAUAAGCCUAGGAAGGCAAAGUCUCUAGAAAGAAUAAUCAGAACAAUUAAAUUUCUUUCUGAUGACCCUCCAAAGCAGAUUGUAAGGCAUAAGACGCAAGCCGCAGACGCGAAUUCACGGAAAACAUCUCAGGGAAAUUCCAAAUCGAAAGCUCAUAAAUUUAUUGAAAGAUGUUACGGAAUGCGAUCAAAAUUAAUCAAUUUAACAGAACUGGAAACCCUAAACAACAAACACAAUCGAAGAAAGCCAGUAACUUCUAUGUUGUGAGACAUAUAGUGGAUCAAUGUCUAUAUCAAUAUCUCCCUAAUCAAUUUUAAAUCAACAUUAACUAUAUAGUAAACUAUUUCGCUGAGCAACCAAUUGUAUAUAAAUCAGGGGCCUGACCGCCUAUUAAAUUUUAGUUUGAACUGUAUUUUCGUUAAAAAUAAUCCAUCCCAUUUCAUUUUACCGAAAAUGGGUGUCCACCUGCGCUGAUUGAAAGCCGCAACAUUGCAGCAUAGUUGCGGUGUAGUUGGCUGGCUGCGCUUUUCCGCAUUUCAUUUGGGCCUACGCCACCACCACCAUUGAUAAUAAUGACGAUGAUGCGGCUGAUGCUGCGGGACUCUGCUUAAAAGCUUUUCCUUUAAACCUCUACUGGCCAUAGUCGAGUUCGCUUCAAUUUUCCCUUUUCAGCCAGUUUAUUUGAAUAUUUUUGUGUGUUUUCGGGCCUGCUUUUGGCUCAUUUUGACGCGUUUACUGUACUUUGGGGGCUCAUAACGCGUCCCUUUUUCUAAAACUCAGUGUGUGUAAUAGCUAGAGGCCUUAAGCCAAAGGGCAAUCGUUUUGCGGCCAAAACGCAAUUUCUUGAAGCUAAGGAGCGAAUUUGUAACAAGUGCCUCUCACUUUGUAGGCCCUUGGGUGG